AUGCAUAUCCCCGAACGCGAUGUCCUCAACCCAGUCGGCCCAUCUGUGAGCGAGGACGAGUGGCCUGAGUUUGUCCUGAGCGAUGCAUCCGUCGUGUACGAAAGCAAUGGGAAGCCUGCCAACCUGCUGCUGGCGUAUUCAGACGUUCCUCUGAGAGUGCAAGGCCGACUCCAGGCACCCCCGCGCGGACACACAGACUGCCUCAAGAAGCCGUACAAACCUACCGACAUCGCAGUGCGCAACGUCACACGAUAUGCCUACGCCGAACUCCCAGACCAAACCUUUCUUAUCUGGGCAUUGGGCGAGGCAGGCUGGUUCGAGAUCCAGCCUGCGCCGCAGUACAAGGCUAUAUACGACGACAUGCUACAGGCCGUGCAACUCUUGUACUUUGUUACCGACAUCUACAACGAGCCGAGAAAGAGGGGCGGUGGGCCGGGCGCUUCGUUGAUUUAUCAAGAGUACGCCGAGGACGACCGUUUCCCUUGCACUGAUCCAGCAGAGGCAGAACGGAUUUUCUACAAGCAUCGCAACUUUCUGCUGAUGAGCUUUCUAACGCGGACAAACAACAUUGGGUGGAGCAACACUCCCUUGUAUCAGACUAUGAGACGACAGUUUCCCAAAGACUUCGAGACGUGUAAAGCGCGGCACGAAGGCCGCUUUACCGAUAUCAAGGCUGAAAGGGUUUCUCGUUCGACGAGGACGUCUCCCGCGCCAGCAACUACAGCGAGGCCGACAUCAGAGAGAGCACAGCCCAGUAAAGGCAAGAGAAGUGUUGCCAAAAUGGAUGAACCACCCAAGAAGGAUGACAACUGGUGGGAGGCGUCUGUAUUGUUCGAGUUCAUGCAGAAAGCUGUGAACCAGCGUGUGAUUAGGGCAGGCCGCAACAGCAUAACGGUCGAGCGAGUCGCUCAAUUGAUCGUCAAGCGCUACGAAAUCGACAACGUGGAAACCGCGCGAAACGUGCUUUUAGUACAUGCGCAGAAUCUGUGUUAUUUAAUGGAUCACCCCAGACGGCAGAGUAUUCGCUUCUUCGCAGCUGAGCCGAUCUAUGGCGAAUUGGCACCAGGCCCCAGCUUGUCCGCGGCAGAGCAAAGAAGAGCACAAGGCGUGGAGCUAAGACCGCGAAAAGACCAUGGUACGCUCAGAGGCGAGGACAGCGAAUCGUCAGACACGUCCGACGAGGAGGACGAUAUGUUAUCAACGCCUGUGCGCCGGCUACCAGGACGAAGCAAAAAAGGCACACUGUCUGUGCUACGACCGAAGAGCGGUAAGUUUUCAGGUAAAGGGAAGAGCGUGAAUAGAGGGGGCAAAGGAAAGACGAAACCACCAAUACCAGUCUCCUCCUCCUCCUCCUCCUCCUCCUCCCCCUCCCCCUCCUCCUCACAAGAAGACACGACGGCCAUCAACACGCCCACAUGCGCAUUAUCCCCGGGCCCUGCGAAACGGAAACUCGAUACAGCAGAGGGGAAGACAGAAGGCAAACGCCAACGCGCGCACAGCUCCCCCACAGCCCCAUCUUCACCCCCAACCUCGGAGGACGAAACAGCUCAAGCCGGAACAGCGGACUCUCUGCCCCUCCGCCACCACCCAGGAACCACCCAAGCCGGCUCGAGAUCAACGCAGCCCAUGCUACCCGCCAUUGUCUCUACACCGCUCCCCACGUACGAGUCCAACGGGCCGCGCGACUCGUGGAUAUGCUCGUUCGAUGGGUGCGCGCAGAAGAUCUACGGAUGCAGCAAGGAGAUGGGGCGCCAGCUGAUCACCGAGCACCUGGAGGACCACACCAAGGGGCGGGAGAAGGUGGUGGGGAUCCUGUGGCGGGAGCAGGAUAAGCUGCAUCUGCCUGUUGAGUAAGCAGCAGCCGUGUGGAGAGAGGUGACGUGGGUGCGUGAAGCUGACAUGUCGCAGUAAUCUAAUCAAGAGAAUCCGCGAGAUGAGCGAGGCGACGACGCCGCUGUUUCCUGGGCUGGAUACGGGCAAGGGCUUGCUGGGGGCUGUUCAGCGGUCGGCGUGA